UACAAUGACACUGUCGGGAGUAAAAUAAUAAUUGUGAACGCACCCAGGCAAUUAUUUAAAUAAUUCAUUACCUAUUUCGCUUGAUUCAUGAAUGAUUCAUUAUGGAAUUUUUUGGAAUAUCUCUAUACGGACCUCAAAAUUAUAUUAGAGAUGCAUUAAAAGAUAAUUACAAAGAGCCUACAUCGAAGAAAGAAGUUAAAUCUUUAAUGGAAAAAGUUAUUCGAAAUUCUACGCUUCCUAAAACGAUUCAAAGGCCUGAUAUAGACACUGUCAGGAUCAUCGAUGUGUAUAUUGGCAGAGUCGACGGUUUCGCUUAUGGUUCGUCGCAACGAUUCAUGAAAAUGAAACGUAAGGGCGUCAUAAAGCCUGUUGGCCCAGCAGAUAUGUAUAGGCUACCACCAACCACAUCACUUGAGUUUGGAUGGUGGCAACAUGAUCCAGCGAUAACAAAUUCGAAUUGGCACGUAACAUAUCCACGAUACCCUCAACCUAUAUCUCCAGAUAGUCGUGUUCUAGACAUAGUCAAAAAAAAUAAUAAAUAUGCUACUCUGUUUUGAAUAAACAUUUUGAGCACUAACU